AUGACGGACGAGUGGCAGGGACGAGCUGCGGCACUGUACAGGGGGCACCGGGCAGGCCGCAGGGAUGAGCGGCAGGGACUAGCAUCGUCGGACAGAGGAGUGACUACUCCACCUGCUCCGUAUCUCUAUCAGCGUGUCUCAGCCUUCAUGCUCUGCUCACUCAUGUGGCCGUGCCCAGCAUGCUACACACGUGUAGGGGUGGAAUCCGCUACAGCCACUGCAGCUCCACCCUUUGAACUGCUUCCGAUCAAUCUGAAGUCAAAUCUGGCAAAUGUUCGAGCAAAACACCUCACAAAGAAUGGAGGCAUCUUGUUACAACGACAAUUCUCUUCUCUCCAUGGAUCUACUAGAUCCCCAAAAAUCUAUUCCGCUCAAGAGCUCAAAAAGGCCACAAACAACUAUAAUAUCAGCAAUAUAUUAGGUAGUGGUGGGAAUGGUUCUGUCUACAAAGGAAUCCUCAAGAAUGGCUCAGUAGUAGCCAUUAAGAAGUCUCAAGUCGUAGAUAAAAGCCACAUCGAUCAGUUCAUAAACGAAGUUGUCAUUCUAACUGAAAUCAAUCAUAGGAAUAUAGUGAAGCUAUUGGGCUGUUGUUUGGAGACGCAAGUUCCCAUGUUGGUUUAUGAGUUCAUCUCAAACGGAACUUUAUACCAGAAAAUCCACGAAAAUGAUGAUCCUUCGGAGUGUCUUUCUUGGCAAUCACGCUUUCGAAUCGCAGUCGAAACUGCAUGUGCUCUUUCCUACCUUCAUUCUUCUACUUCCACACCCAUAUUCCAUAGAGACAUUAAGUCCUCCAACAUACUUUUGGACAAGAACUAUACUCCAAAGGUAGCCGAUUUUGGAAUUUCAAGAUUAGUUCCACUUGACAAGACAAAGGUCUCAACUAUGGUGCUUGGAACGUUUGGAUACUUGGAUCCCCAAUACUUCAAUACUGGAAAAUUAACGGAAAAGAGUGACGUUUAUAGCUUUGGGGUGGUUUUACUUGAGCUUUUAACGGGGAAGAAGCCUAUUUGCCCUGAUUCAUCAAUUGAGUAUCAUAAUAUUUGCCCUGAUUCAUCAAUUGAGUAUCAUAAUUUGCCAAUGAUCUUUUUAUCUCAUGUUAGGAAUGAUAACUUCGUAGAGAUUUUGGAUGACAAAGUAGUGAGAGAAGGAAAAAUGGAGGAAUUACAAGCUGUAGCGGGCAUUGCAAGACGAUGCCUACGAGUGAAAGGCCAAGAGAGGCCCACGAUGAAGGAGGUUGUGCAAGAACUUAUUACUUUGUCUAGUGAGCAUGUGCAAACAGAACAUGAGUGUGAGGCACACGAAUGGUGA